AUGAGGCAGUGGGAAAAGGAGGUGCGCUCGGCCUCAAACUUGGACGAGCUGCUGAAACUCACAGAUUUUCCUGACUGGAAGUUGUGGAAAUGUCGUCUGAAGCUGCAGCAGCCGAAGAGCCACGCAGAAACCGUCUCCUCUCCGGCUUCAGUCGGGUCGCACCGCUCCACACGUUACGCUGCAGAGUCCUACAGCCUGGAGAUUCUGAAAGCCAUAGAUGAGGAGUGGCAGCGCACUCAGUGUAUGCCCAGGGAGACGUGUGUCGAUGUGGCCAAGGAGCUGGGCACCGACCCCGUCGUCUUCUUCAAGCCACCCUGUGUGUCUCUCCACAGGUGCAGUGGCUGCUGCAAUCAGGAGGGCGUCAGCUGCAGGAACACGUCUUUUGUAUUUGUGAACAAAACUGUCCUCAGUCUAAUUCCCUUAAAGUUUGUACCAGAGCCUGUGCUGGUAAAGGUAGCCAACCACACUGAGUGCAGGUGCAUGGAGCCUGCAAUAAUUCGCCGUAACGCUCAGCCUCACCAGAGCAGUGGCUGUUCUCUGAUGGACCAGCUGUCAGAGUCAGAGGACUCCAGGAGACUUUGUGCCACCGGAUGGAUUUGGGAUUGUUCAUCUGAGAGAUGUGUUCCUUACACGUCCAGCGCACCAGAACUUCCUCUCAGUCCCUGGAUGCCGGACUGUGAGAUCGACGUGGACCGCUGCGACUGCCUUCCCAGACCAGAACCCCUCCUGCAGCCCAAACCGGUCCACCGCUGCCAUCUCAACUCCUCCAUCUGCACCCACAGACAUCAACGCUUUGACAAAGCCUCGUGUCGAUGCAGACUGCAUAAGUAG